AUGAGAGCCCUGGGCGUUCCCAGAGGGGCGGGCCGGGGAGGCGCGCGCCUGGAUCGCGGGGCCGCGAGGCGCGAGAGCGCGAGAGCGCGAGAACGCGAGAACGCGGCCGGGUAUCGUCGCGCGCGCGGAACCGCCGCCGGGUUGCUGUGCAGUCCACCCGGAGCCGUUCGUGUUCCUGCUGGUGCCGACGCAGGUGAGAGUCCUCAGCCCGCCCAGCUCGGCCUCGGCGCGGCUCCGAAGAGUCGGCGCGGGGACCCACUGGGGCGGCCUUCUCCUCCGGCGGGCGGACUUGGAGUGCUGGCCGGGGUCCCGGGCACGGGGUUUGGCGCCGGGCCUCUCCUCUGUAGGGUUGUGGCCGCGGCUGCGGAGGCUCGGACUGCGCCGCGCCGGCCCUUUGCGGAAAUGGAGCUGCGUUUUUAA